AUGGUAGGUGUUUCAGGCGGUGGGUUAGCUGGUGAGUUGACAGAUUCAGUUUGCGUUAACGGUUCGUAUCGAUUUGUAGUUAUGAAUAGUUUUUUAUUCUUUUUGUUUGGAUCAGGAUCCGGAGAACUCGGGUUGGAGGAAGCUGACCGAUUCCUUUUACCGACCCUAGUUGCAUGUCCAGUCUGCAUGUGUAGGGUUGAUGGAUGUAUCAUAUUUGAAAACUGUGUGAUUUGUAUUUGUGGUGGAUUUAUCAUGGCAAGCUGA